GCGACAAGACGAGCACGCGCCCGACCAUGGAGCCGACACCGCUGAGCGAAUCAGUCGCGAGCAUUCGAGCCCGGCCGACGCGCGCCCUCCCCUCACCCACCAACCAACCAACCAACCAAUCCCUCCACUCAAAGCAAAGCCUCGAGGCGGAGUCCGUCCUACUGCAUCCAUCGCGUCACACACCGGCCCGGGACUACAGCCCGAAAAGCACGGCGCAACCACUCUUUGACCUUUGCCCCGUGAUCACACCACACCAUCUCCCAUCCACUGUGCCGCUGCCGUCCCCAUUUCCACCCUCGAUCGCCCUCCGGUCUGCUCGUCGACCGCCUCGCGCUUUCUUCAUGUCCAGGGAGCGGCGGUUGCCGCUCGUCCUGGCCCUGGCGGCGGCGGUGGUGGGCGUCCUCGCGGUUGCGUCGCCGCGGGCGGAGGCGGAGCUGCAGGUCGGGUUCUACAAUGCGACGUGCCCGAUCGCGGAGGGGGUGGUGUUCGCGGAGAUGCACGCCAUCCUGCACGAGGACCCCACGCUGGCGCCCUCGCUGCUCCGGAUGCACUACCACGACUGCUUCGUCCAGGGCUGCGACGGCUCCAUCAUGCUCAGGUCCCGCCGGGGCACGGCGGAGCGGGACGCCACCCCGAACCGGAGCAUGCGGGGCUACGACGCCAUCGAGCGGAUCAAGGCCAGGCUCGAGACGCUCUGCCCGCUCACCGUCUCCUGCGCCGACAUCAUCGCCAUGGCCGCCAGGGACGCCGUCUACCUGAGCAAGGGGCCGUGGUACGGCGUGGAGACCGGGCGGCGGGACGGCAACGUGACGGUGGCCGAGUACGCGGAGAACGACCUGGCGCCGCCGGACUCCAACAUCGUCGACGUCAAGACCUUCUUCAGCGUCAAGUCCCUCACCGCCAAGGACAUCGUCGUCCUCUUCGGUACGCACUUUUCCUUUCCUCUAUAUCGCUUCACGCGCACGUACGUCCGUGGACGACAGCAACAGCCCAACACACACCGCACUGACAAUGGCAUCCUUGCUCCACCUCCAGGGAGCCACAGCAUCGGGACCUCCCACUGCGAGGCGUUCCGGAAGCGGCUCUACAACUUCACGGGCGCCAUGGACCAGGACCCGUCGCUGGACGCCCGGUACGCGAGGCAGCUGAGGAAGCUCUGCCCGCGCCGCGGCGGCGGCCGGGGCAGGAGGGCCAAGGUGCCCAUGGACCCCGGCAGCGGCUUCACCUUCGACCUCAGCUACUACCGCCACGUGCUCGCCACGGGGGGCCUCUUCCAGUCCGACGGCAGCCUCCUCCACGACCCCGCCACCAGGGGCUACGUCGAGAGGAUGGCCAACGCGUCGUCGCCCGACGAGUACUACCAGGACUUCGCGGCGGCCAUGGUCAAGAUGGGCCGCACCGACGUGCUCCCCGACAGCCUCGGCGAGGUCAGGGCCACCUGCGGCGUUUUUGUUGACUAGCCUUAGGUUCAGACAUGCACUUGCACAUGACAUACACUGGCUGAUUGUAUGAGGAUUUAUGUCUCUAUACGGUUCUCUGAUCUCCAAGCUAAUAUUAUUAACUGAAGAUGCAAGACAGUUUCAUGAGCUCUUUAGCUCAGGAGAUCAUCACUUGUAACUUGUACAAAUAAUCCACGUACUAAUAUUUAUACUGUACAAGAUCA